AUGCUCUUUACUACCCACUUCCUUGACGAAGGAGACUUGCUCUCGGACCACAUCACUAUUCUAUCGAAAGGCACGCUGGCUGCAACUGGCACAGCUGUCGCCUUGAAGCACGAACUUGGUGGUGGAUACCGCGUCAAGAUUUACAGCGAGCAUCGAUUCAAAGAGCCGCAGGAUUGGUCCUCAAUACCUCGUCGUAACCACGCUGAUCACGUCGUGUACAACUUGCCUGAUUCAAGCGCUGCCGCCACCUUUGUCACCCGUCUUGAACAACUUGGCGUCACGGACUACCGUGUCAGUGGACCUAGUAUUGAGGAUGUAUUCCUCAAGCUAUCUGCAGAGUUCAAUAAUGACCACACGCUCCAUGACGACGCCACACCAUUGACUAAUGUGUCUUCUCUGCAAUCGGAAAAAGGCCUCGAACUGGCCAAGGGCAGGAGAAUCUCGCUCGGUGCACAGACAUGGGUACUCUUCCGCAAGCGUGUCACCAUCUUGCGUCGUAACUACUUGCCUUACAUGGCAGCUGUUCUGAUCCCGAUCAUCGCUGGUGGGCUUGUGACUCUCUUCCUAAAGGGCUUCAGUCCACUAAGCUGUUCGCCCGAAGCAGCAAGCUCGAACGAAGAGAUAGUCUCCUUCGCAUCACUUGACGACGCUCUUGACUUUCCGGCUGGGCCAGCCUCCCAGGUUCCUACAGCACUUCUCCGCACCUUGUAUCCUGGGCUCGACAACGCUAUUGCACCUGUCACAAGCGUAGAUGCAUUCAACGAUUAUGUACGAUCCAACUACAGCCGCGUCUUCCCUGGAGGUUACUUCGAUGCUCAAGGUGGCACUCCCUUGUUUGCAUGGAGAGGUAACUACGAACUCGACUUCGCAAUCUUGACUCAAAACAUUCUGGAUAGCAGCUUGCUCGGAUCUCCUAUCGUCACAACCUACCAAGCCUUCCAGAGGCCAUGGGCUCCAUCAGCUGGUAAAACGCUUCAGUUUAUCCUUUACUUUGGCUUGGCCAUGAGUGCUUAUCCUGGCUUCUUUGCCCUCUAUCCAACCAGUGAGCGUGUUGCCAAAGUACGUGCACUGCACUACUCAAACGGUAUCAGAGCCUUCCCGCUCUGGCUCGCAUACACCAUUUUCGACUUUAUGUUUGUGAUACUUGUCAGCAUUGUCACGAUCGUCAUCUUUGUUGGUGUCUCUAGGUACGUACGACGGUAA